AUGGUAGUUAAGGCAUUCAUUAUGAUGCAGAAAACCCAAAUUCAAUGCUCUGCUCUACCUAUUUGGGAGCAGAUACUUGAACCUGGGCCUCUCACAGCAGUUUCUACUACUAUUCCAACAUGGCCGCCUUCAACAGCAAAAUAUACUUGUGGUGGUGUCCUUCAGUACUCAUCUGGGACAUUUCAUAGCCCAUUCUAUCCUGAAAAUUAUCCAAACAACGCAGACUGUGUGUGGGAAAUAGAGCAGUGCAAUUACUGUGUAACGCUUUCAUUUAGAGAUAUAGUGACAGAAGGUGGUAGAUGCCAGUAUGAUUAUAUUGAGAUAUAUGAUGGGCCACUCUAUACCUCUCCUUUACUGGGGAAAAUUUGUUCUUGUUCCUAUCUCACAUAUACGUCGUCCUCAAACUUGAUGACAGUUCGAUUUCACAGUGACUCAAGUAUCACAAAGAAAGGGUUCCGUGCUGACUACUACACCAUUCCAGCAGAUCAGAAUACUACUCUUCUGUGCCUGCCAGAAUACAUGCAUGCAGUUGUUAACAGAACCUAUCUCCACUCACAUGGCUACACUGCAUGGGAUGUCAGCUUGAAUGACCCUUAUUGUAAACCAAUUGUUACACCAAACUAUGUUAUAUUCAACAUACCAUACAAUGGCUGUGGCACAAGACGAGAGGGAAACAACAACACGAUCAUCUAUUCCAACUUGAUCAAAGCAAUCUCUUCUGGUUACAUAAUCAAAAGACAAAAAGAUCUUCAUUUGCAUAUCAACUGCAAAAUGCUCCAAAAUAGAUGGAUAGAAAUAAUGUAUGUUGCUGAGGAUGUUACUGAGGUCAAUGAAACUCAGUAUGGCAGAUACGAAGUGAACAUUUCAUUUUAUGAAUCACCAUCCUUCAUGGCUUCAAUUCACAGCUCUGACCCAAAUCUGGUGUUGUUUUUGGACAUGUGUGUUGCAUCACCUGAUCCCAAUGAUUUUACAACAGUAACCUAUGACAUUAUCAAGAGUGGAUGUUCUAAAGACCCUACCUACAGGACAUACUAUUCACCUUACAGCUCCACAAUACGGUUCAAAUUUAAUGCCUUCAAGUUUAUUAAACAAUAUUCAUCAGUUUACCUGCAGUGCAAAAUGGUGGUGUGCAGAGUAUAUGAUUAUUCUUCCCGAUGCUACCAGGGCUGCAUAACCAGGUCCAAGAGAGAUACAAGCUCUUACCAAGAAGAGGUGGAUGUUGUUGUUGGGCCGAUCCAGCUUUGGAAAGACGGCACUAAGAGCAGGAAUGCUGAGCUGGACUAUUCUGAACAUCAGGAAGACGUGGAUUCCCGUGAUUCACUUACUGCUACUGCUGGUCAUUCCCAGGCUCCAUUUAUUGUUACGGGUGUUGUGCUUGCAGCUGUUAUUUUCACUCUUGUUGGGUUUCUUUUGAAAAGUAAACUGAGGAGACCGAUUCCGUACCAGAUAAUGUGAGACACUAAAGACAC